AUGCGUCAAGUCUUCCCUUCCACCUUCUUCAACUUUGAGUUCCUUCGCCUUCUCGGAACCGUCCCAUACUACGGGGCCGAAGUUGGCGAAUGUCUCGAAACAGCGUCUAGGAUCAAGGACGGCGACCCGGAAACCUGGUAUCAAGCCUGGUGGGAUAUAGGACAGGAAGUACUUUCCCAGGCUGAGGACGCAGCAAAGACGGGCGACAAGACAGCAGCGAGUUGGGCAUACAUCCGAUCUGCCAAUUACUUCCGCGCCAGUGAAUUCUUGCUUCAUUGCACGCCAAACGACCCUCGAAUUCUCGUUGCGUCUCGGGCGAGUGUCGAGGCUUUCAAUAAAGGCUGGGUGCUGCUUGACGCGGAGGUUCGAGAGGUAGAGAUUCCGUACGACAAUGACAAGACUCUCCCGGGGAGGCUGUAUCUUCCUUCAACAAAACACAGAGUCACCCAAAAGUUGCCAUUGGUUGUCCAAACAGGUGGCUUCGACUCUACCCAGGAAGAGUUGUACUUUUACGGCGCCGCUGGUGCAUUGCCGCGCGGGUAUGCUGUUCUGACCUUUGACGGCCCAGGCCAAGGUCGAGCUCUCCGCGAAAAGAAGCUGUACCUCCGACCAGACUGGGAGCAUGUCACAGGACAGGUCUUGGACUUUGUGGUUGACAAGUUGUCGUCAGAGUAUGACUUGGACCUGGAUCGGCUCUCUGUCUUUGGAGCUUCUCUAGGCGGAUAUCUGUCUCUACGGGCUGCAACAGAUGCCCGGAUUAAGGCCUGCAUUACGGUGGACGGCCCCUUCGACUUGUUUGACAUUACGAAGAGCCGUAUGCCGGCUUGGUUUAUCAAUGGCUGGCUGAGCGGCUGGCUGAGUGACAAAUUCGUCAAUUGGGUCAUUGGGUGUCUUGAAAGGGUGAAUUUCCAACUGGCCUGGGAAUUUGGGCACAGCAAGUGGGUGUACGGCGUCGACACUCCGGCCGAUGUCUUGAGAUUCAUGCAAAAGUUUACUCUAAACAGUACAAAAAACGCAGUCUUAUCCAACAUAAAGUGCCCGACGCUUGUUACUGGUGCGGCGGACUCUUUCUACUUCACUCCAGAUCAAAAUGCACACAAGAUUAUGGAGGGAUUGACUUGUCUCAGCGACACUCAAAAGCGACUUUGGAUUGGAAAUGGGGUCAAGGGAGGUGGUUUACAAGCGAAAAUAGGAGCUCUUGCACUCGUUCACUACGAAAUGUUUGCCUGGUUGGACAAGACGUUUGGGAUUGAGCGGGAGAACUUGAUCAACAAGGUGUAG